AUGGCGGCAUCCACAAAAUUCGGCAUGUCCUGUUGACCAUUUUAAAAGUCUUUCGUUUUUUGAAAUGUUCUAUCAUGAAAAACAUUUUGGUUUUGUGGAGUUUUUUGUCCAUUUUUCUAAAUAACAAAACCACAUUUGGAGAUUAUUCAUUGACAUUGCAUUGAUUGUAAUUUGUAGUGUUAGUGGUUAUAAAUUGGUGUCGUGGUAACAGUGUACAUUGCCAGCAAUAUGUUAAAAUAACUAAAGUAAUAUUAAAGAAUGUUUUAUUGUCUUCAGCAAUGACAUCAGUCUUUAGUCUUAGCACAAAACCGUUCCAUUUGUGGUGCUGUUAUGCUGUAUUUUGGAACAACUGCUACCGGUAUACAUCUAGUAGGUUGUUCAUAAAGAGACAGUGCCAUGAUAGUAAAUUAACCGGCUUGAUGCAGAAUUCCGAAUAUCAAGAUGAUUCUACAAAUUAUCAGACAAUUACAUCAGCAAAAAUUAGGUCAAGCCAUUACAUACUUGACAAAUCAUUAGCAGCAUCAGUUGCCAGUGUUAUCAUAAAGAAUCGGUCAAGCCAAAAUAGUUCUGUAUUGGAAAUAAACCCAGGUCCUGGCAUUUUAACGAAGGAGUUGUUUAGCAAGGGUGUGCACCAUAUUGUGGCAACAGAUACCAAAGAACAACUUCUCUCUUUACUUGAGAGAAAUCUACAAAGAGAAAUAUCGCAGCACAAGUUACAUUGCUUUCACUGGGAUUGCUUCACCCUUUGGCAUCGCGACACUAACAGUUCUCAGUUCGAGAAAGAUUAUAGAGACAAGGAAGUGGAAAUUGUUGCAGCCUUUCAGCAGAAAACACAUGGAGAUGAGAUUCCUAUUACAGCCUUUGGGGUGGUUAGUUAUUUGAAGGAAAGGCCAUUUCUCAACUACAUAUUACAUAACUUUGGUUUACUUGAAGGAAUAUUUUCACUUGGCAGGCUGGAAUGGUUUCUGUUUGUCUCAGCUAAAAUAUACAAGACAGUUUUGGCUUCCACGGAUCAUGACAAAAGUGUGUUAGCAUAUAACACUAUGUCAGUCCUGCUGCAUUUAUUGUUUGAUAUCAAGUGUCAUAUGGAGGUUUCAGGAAAUGAGUUUAGUCCUCCAUUUCAGAAUAUUAAAAGAAAGAAAAGAGAGAUAGCCAUUGGCAAGCAGCUGGUGAAGUAUGACAUGAAGUACUUGCUGCAGAUGAAACCAAAGGAGAACUGGGACAGUGUUCUGCCUGCCUUGGAGAUAUUCAAGUUCUCUUUGUUCUUAAAACAACUGUUUCAUAAAAAGAGGAUGCGGCUAAUCCCCAAAAUGGAACAACUAGUACCUGGAUGUGGCCUUCACCUCAUCCUGGCUGGUUACACCAUGGUACAGGAGGUAGGAGAAACCAGCCCAGAACAGUUUCUUCAGAUAUACAACGAUAUGCAGACCUGGCCCGAGUACCAAGACUCUGGUCUACACUUUUACCUCAUGGAGCAUGCAGUGCAUGGGAUGGAGGAAGAAGCAGAGGGAGGCGACUCUGUCACAGAAAAGUCUUCUGUUUGGGAGGAGUCAUCUUCAUGAUCCAUCUUUCAGCCAACUGCUUUUCACUAAAUGUUUGCAAAUUAUUUUGACUGAUUUCCGACGUGAUCAUUUGAUUUACUGUGAGCGUAUCACACAAAAAAAACUAUCUAGCAAAUGUUAGUGAUGAACAGCUGGCUGACCUUGCCCUUUAAUGAUGCAUAAUUUAUUACUGUAGUUUUUGUCACUCACAGACCUUUUUUUCCCCCCCUUUUGAACAAUUGAGACGUUUUCACGUAAAACAUUUAAUUAUUUGUAAGAAAGACUGCCAUGUAUAAACUACAUUUAUGGGUCAUUUAUACAUGUAUAUACUACAUUUAUGGGUCGUGUAGGAUCGUCCCCAUCCAUGGGCCUAUUGGGCUAUUUCUCCUUCUGCCCAGUGCUUCACAACUGGUGUAACAAAGGCAAUGGUAUGUACUAUCCUGUCUGUGGGAUAAGGUAUAAAAAAAAUUGCUUGCUGCUAAUUAAUCGAAAAGUGUAGCCCAUGGUGUGUAGGCAACAGGUUUCCUGUCUAAUUAUCUCUAUACUUCUUAACCAUCUGUCUGACACCAUACAACCGUAAUUAUUACAAUGUCUUGAGUGCAUUGUUAAAUAAAAUACUUCUUAACCAUAUGUCUGACACCAUACAACCGUAAUUAUUACAAUGUCUUGAGUGCAUUGUUAAAUAAAAUACUUCUUAUCCAUAUGUCUGACACCAUACAACCGUAAUUAUUACAAUGUCUUGAGUGCAUUGUUAAAUAAAAUACUUCUUAUCCAUAUGUCUGACACCAUACAACCGUAAUUAUUACAAUGUCUUGAGUGCAUUGUUAAAUAAAAUACUUCUUAACCAUAUGUCUGACACCAUACAACCGUAAUUAUUACAAUGUCUUGAGUGCAUUGUUAAAUAAAAUACUUCUUAUCCAUAUGUCUGACACCAUACAACCGUAAUUAUUAUAAUGUCUUAAAUAAAAUACUUCUUUUUUUAACUAAAUUUAAGGUUGCAAAUCAUCUGUCCCUCGUGAAUGAAUUGUAAAACCACCAAUUUGUAGAACUGGAAAAUGCAUAGGUUCAGUAAUUGGUCCUUUUGUCCAUUCAGUGCAUAGAUUUUCCUUCUCUUCCCUAUGCACAUGGAACUUUUUCUUUCUUUUUCUUUUAGCCUGUAGCUUUAUGAAGAUUUGAAAUCCAGACAUAAAAGAUAGAUCAAACUUUAUUGUAUAUAUACAAUCCACAUAUGAAACCGGAUACAAAACGUUACUACUUACAUAUUAUCAGUUACAUGUUUUUUUGACAGGCGUACUGGAAUCUGGAAUCAAAAUCUGUAUUUCCUGAGGCGCAGCCGAAGGAAAUACAGAUUUUGGAGGGGCGUACAAUCUCAUACGCCUGUCAAAAAAAUGCGUAACAAAUUUAUUAGAUCUUUGUUUUACAAUUAAACUAAAAUUACACUAACAGUCAAACUUUUAAAUAAAGAACACAAACAUUUUGAGUUUGAGUUUAAUAAAAUAAUAUAACAUCAGAUUCCUCAAAAUAUAUUGGAUUUUUUUUGUUAACAAAUAACUAUGCAAGGUAUUACAGCUUUUUUCUUUCUUUUUUAGCUAUUUGGGUAUUAAGAGUGUCAACAAGGAUUCCGGGUGGUUUUACCCAGAAAUCAUUUCGAACACACUGUUUCACAAAGGGAGACAACUCUUAGCACCUUAUUAUCUUGCAUGUUUUAAAUGUUUAUGAUUAUAUUGUAAUCAUAUCAGGAAAACAAAAUUGAACACCUGCAGCCAAACAAAAAUAUUUGUCGUGUUGUACUAACUUGUAGAACCUGUAAAAAUGCAUGUCAAGUAGUUACUUAAAAUAUGUUUGUGAUAAUUAGUCCAAGUUCUAACACGGUAACUGAUUACGCAAUGCUAUAUUCUAGCAUUAGCUUUUAAUAUGUGAAAAACUACCAUCUAGCAAAUUUUUUGGCCAAACAUUCUCGAGAAAUCUUCAAAUAAACAGUAAAACUAAAAUUUACCGAAAUCAAGACUUUUAACAAAUUUAAUCAGUGAGGCGUGUUGGAGAAAGUUUUUCGGUCUCAUCCACAGUUUGUAUUUUCGUCGAGAAAGUCACGUGACAUUUCGUACACCCUGGCAAAUUCUGUUAAUUCCUGCAAAUGACAUGAUGUACUUGUGGUAUGCAUUGGCUAUUGACCAAUCAAAAUGCAUGAAAUUUAUUUAAAUGGUAAUAAAAUUAUGUACAAACAAAAACAAUACAAACAUGAUAUUAAUCUAAUGGCUAAAUGAGGUUUAAUUAUUGAUAAUACAUCUCAAAUCAUGAACAACUUUGCACACUGCAUCUGCACAGGUUGGAUUUUGGUUUUGCAUAAUAAAUUGUUUAAAUUGUUGCGUGUACAUACUUGUAAAUAGAUAAUUAUGGAAAGUUAGAUUAAAUAAAUAAAAUAUUAUAUUCUGAUAUUCACCUUCAUUAAACUACAGUGGUCACAUAAAUGGUCUUCCACUGGAGUAAAGGGACCCAGUCUUUAUUUUGAGUUUGUGGUAAACUCUUUGCAGUGUUCUUGAUGUAUACAACGUAAUAAGUAUGGUUCUAGUUGAAUAUUCUGUUUGUAUUAUUUGUAACUUCACAUCUUUUUACUAGAUGCAUCUCAUGGUUGGGACUACAAGAUUUUUUUCUAAAAUAUUAUGAUACUAUUUAAUUACAUUUUUUAGAUGAACUGGAUAAUUGACUAUCUUUGUUUUUUAUUUAACUUAUUAGUAUAGCAAGAGAGUUUAUGGAGCUAAUAAUUUAAAAAAAAUACAUUGCCAAGAUUUUUUUUUUAAAAAGGUGGCAUUCUCUUUACUACAGAUAAUAAGAGUAGGUAUAAAUCAAGCUCAGUUCUAGAGGCCCAUUUGUGGUUUUUGUUCUUAAUCCGUAGAGUUCAUUUACAAAAGUUUCUCUAAAGUUUUUAAUGAUAUGAAUUGGGCACCCAAGACGUCACUGGCAUACUAAAGGACUGGCUCAAUAAUAGAAUAAAAUAAUUUUACAUGAAAUGUCUUGUGGUAAGUUAUUAUUCAAGCAUUCUUUCUGCAUUGCUGUUUGCAAGUGUUGACCAAUAAAAUGAAGAAUCAUAUCACCUGAGGAAAAUUAAUGUCACUUCAUCAUUGAUGUACGUGUUGCAAGUUGGGGGUGCUGAUUGCCUAACCUUCUCAUGUUUACUUUCGGUUUGGAGUUUGCUGUUUUGAAUGGUCUUGAAUUUGGCCAUUUCUUUUUUAACUGAAUAAAUUUCCUUUUUCUU